UGAUAGCUUUGGCCUCAGCCAGUGUCCCUGCUGUGGACGCUUGGAAGGGACAGAUCAUCCAAUCCCAGACUCUGAGGUGUCGUUGCUUCCUGGCUCAACCAGUGACACUCUGCUUUAUUUCCUAAGCUAACCGGCAUCUGAGCUAUGCUCAUGUGCUGUAAUCUAGGAAGAAUGAGAACUCGGGCUGGCAGUGGCCCAACAGCCUGCUUUCGUGUUGUGCAAAUGAAACUCAUGCAAACAAAACAGCCAUUUCUGCUCCUACUCCCUUUACCUGGAAUUCCUUCCGAAGAACUGGGCCGGACUUCCUCUUCGGUUGUGUUUCCGGGGUGUGUCCCUUCCCAGGUGGCUCGCCCAGACUGUCCUCUCUGCUCCUGAGACCACGGCAUAUGUGACCUCAUCUCCACACAGCAAGGGGUUGGGAGGUUCUCCUUAACCCGUUGACAGCUGCUCGACCUGGGACAAGGGCAGGAAGCCUCAAAAUAAAGUCUGAGAACUUGGAAGGGAUUGUCAGAUCCAACCCCAUCUAUUCAAAGGUGAGAAAAUAGAAAUUGAGAGGAAAAAAGUUCCACUGUUAAACUACACUGGCUGAGGAGGGCAUGCAACCCCCACAGCAAAAAAAAAAAAAAAGUCACUGGAGAAGAUUCUUAGUUGCUGCCUUAGAGUUUUGUCUUUUUAUAUGCGAGUUUUCCGAGAGGGCUGGGAAUCCCCGUGCAGCACUCUUUCUGGGAAGGGCGCUGCACUUAGCAGAUUGACUCUUUAGUAGGGGGGGGGAACUUGGCAGCCCUGAGUUGCUACACCUCUGUUCUGAGACUUGGGAAGAAAGGACCCCUGAGAGGCCUCGUCUCUCUCCAGGGACGGUCUUUGGGGAGAGGAGUGUGAGCAGGGGGAAAAGGGAGUGAGGCCCUGGGCUCCCAGCAGAGGAAGGGUGGCUCCUUUGGCUGCCUUGAAGAGGCCUCCGGCCCUUCUCGGGCCUCAUAAACCUGGAACCCAUGAGAACCUGAAACAUGUAAGAGCUGAGAUGCUGACUCAGUAAGAGUUAGAGGCCCAUUUGCAUAAUAUUUCUAAGGUGACUGAUUUAUAUGUGGCUUGAUGGUAACAAGAACAGCCUUUGUUUUCAACCCACUAACCCCGAUGCUUGCUGGAGCACUUACUGUUAAUCAAACUGGUGAUGAUCAUCUUACUAUGUUUCUCCCACUGAGGCCCAGCAACUCAGAGAGGAAGCCAGCCUGCAGCCCCUUCCCUGUGGAAAAGCUGGGCUUGAGGCUUGCAGGUGAGGGAUGUUUGGGAGACAUCAGCCAAAGAUAAGCCCACGGGUGCCCCUAAUGUGGACAGAGAACCCCCUAACUUAGGCCCAUCUUGAUAUGCCUGCUCAUAUGACCUAUUUUCUAGCUACAGGUGGCUAGCUAGCAUUACCUGUUCUAAACAUCUGGCAUUACCUGCUGCUAAGUCACCUUCCCUCUGGCUUCAAACAGCUGGAGGGCCCCACCCCCUCUCCACCUCCAAUCCAUCUGGGAUCCCUCCCUCCUUUUUUUUCUUUUUGGAAAGAUCUGGAGGUACCAGAUCCACAAGUUCUGAUGUCUUUAAAAGGGCCAGCCUGAGAAAUAAGGCUCAUUUGAGAGCUGUGAUAUUCAUCUUGACUCCAGUGGAAGUCCAACAGCCAGUCUCAUUUUGGCCUCCAGCUGGGCACCAUGAAGGCCUGUGUCCCCCUGCUACUGGCCGUGCUCUGCGGCCUGGCCUGGACCGCUAAAAGGGACCCCAAAGAGCCAGAGCCAUUCCUGGAGCUGGAGGAAGACACGGAAGAGGCCCCGGCUAGCAACCGGUACUCGGCGCCCAACUCCUGCCACAGCCGCUGCCAGGAACCCUUCGACAGGCGCCGCCCAUGCCACUGCAAUGCCCGCUGCCCAGAGUUUGGGAACUGCUGCAAGGAUUUUGAGAGCCAAUGUGGUCACGAGGGCUUCUCCCGCAGCAGCGACGCUAUAACCGGGAAGGAGCUGCAGGCCAUCUCGGAGACCAUCUACAGGGUGGACACCAACAAAGCCCAGAAGGAAGACAUCAUUCUCAACAGCCAGAAGUACAUCUCACCCUCUGAAACCAGAGACCAAGUGGACCACUGCCCAGAGCCGCUCUUCACAUAUGUCAACGAGAAGCUGUUCUCCAAGCCGACCUACGCGGCCUUCAUCAACCUCCUCAACAACUACCAUCGGGCGACGGGCCACGGGGAGCACUUCAGUGCCCAGCAGCUGGCCGAGCAGGACAACUUCCUCAGAGAGGUCCUGAAGACGGCCGUCAUGAAGGAACUCUACAGCUUCCUCCAGCACCAGAACCGCUACAGCUCAGAACAAGAGUUUGUUGAUGACCUAAAGAACAUGUGGUUUGGCCUCUAUUCUAGAGGCAACGAAGAGGGGGACUCAAGUGGCUUUGAACACGUCUUCUCAGGUGAAGUCAAAAAGGGCAAGGUCACUGGCUUCCAUAAUUGGAUCCGCUUCUACUUGCAAGAGAAGGAGGGCCUGGUCGACUAUUACAGCUACAUCUAUGAUGGGCCUUGGGAGUCUUACCCUGAUGUGUUAGCCAUGCAGUUCAACUGGGAUGGCUACUAUAAGGAAGUGGGCUCAGCUUUCAUCGGCAGCAGCCCCGAGUUUGAGUUUGCACUCUACUCCUUGUGCUUCAUCGCCAGGCCAGGCAAAACGUGCCAGUUAAGCCUGGGUGGACAUCCCUUGGCCAUCAAGACCUAUUCCUGGGACAAGUCCACCUAUGGAAAUGGCAAGAAGUACAUCGCCACAGCCUACGUGGAGUCUUCCACCCGAUAGACCUUGGAGCCAGAAAGGGGCCUGAGGGCAGUGAGAGCUCUUGCAGGACCAAGGUGCUAUCUGCUUUGGGCUGGAGAGGGGAUGGAGGAGACCGGGAGGGAUUCCCAAAUCCAGACAUGUCCAA